AUGAGUAGUUAUGGCGGCGGUCGCAGUGGAGGUGGAUAUGGCGGAGGACGCAGUGGUGGCGGUUAUGGAAGUGGAGGAGGUGGCGGAGGACGCAGUAAUGGCGGUUAUGGAGGCACGAGUUAUGAAAGUGAAGGAGGUGGCGGAGGACGCGUUAUGGGUGGUUAUGGAAGUGGAGGAGGUGGCGGUUAUGGAGGCACGGGUUAUGGCAAUGGAGGAGGUUGCGGAGGACGCGGUGGUAGCGGUUAUGGAGGCAAGGGUUAUGGAGGUGGAGGAGGUGGAGGAGGUGGCGGAGGAGGUGGAGGUCGAGGCGGUUAUGGUGGUAGAUCCUAUAGAAAAGGAUAUUAA